ACUAAUCUGGCAUCUGGAAUGAUCCUCACUGGUCUCACUCCAGGCCAAGUCAUCGUGCAGUUAAUCGUGGAAACUGUCGACCCUGACGAUGUGUUCGCAGCUCAAAUUGUCCAUGUGACAGAGCACACUUCGACCCAGAGGCCUGUCAACCGUCUUACGGCAGACUUGAUAGUCACAAUACUUCCUGCACUUAACAGCCUUAUCAAUCCAUGGCGCAGCAAUCCAGAGAUUAGAAUGACUCCCUUCUCAAGACUUCAACUACACCUCGCAGAUGAAGUUCAAUUGAACAGUAUUAUCGAAUAUUCAAUUGAGGCGGAUGCAGAUGAUGAGGGAUUAACUCAUCCCCUACUUACGGUUACCCGACAGGGUCUGCUUGAAGUUCGCUCUUCUCCAAGUGCAGGCGCCGCCGGGUCAGCCGGAGUCUUUUUGCAUCGUCGUCGGCUUCGAAUAACUUCUCAUCCUGGCAAGCCAAUUGCUCGACAUGCUUCAGUUGAAAUCCUUUCUGAUAGCCCUUCUGAAAGCCCUUCGAUUGUGACAUCAGAUGCUACUGCUUCCAAUUCUGGAUCCACCGGUAUCGGUGUUUCUGUUCCCACUACUUCUUAUUAUGCCGCAAUGGAUAAGUUACCAACUGCACAUGAUUCUCCCAUACUUCAGAGCUUAGUUGUCGAAGUGCUGAUCAAACAGCCACGCUACCUUCUGGCCACUCCGACCGCGGGCGUUUCUAGCUCCCUUCUUCGUAAUCUGCUAUUUGGACUCGAAAAUCAUCGGGAUAUCACUCAAAACUUUCAGAGGCCCUCCAGAGACUCUCUUUUAUCUGCUAGUAAUCCAAGCUCAAGUACGCAAAUCGAAACUGAGCCCACCGUGACUAGACUAUCUGGCUUGCCUCCUGGGGGACCUUUUCUUCUUGGAAUCAGCUAUCAUGACGAGAUUGGUUUGCCAUUUGACGCGGUUGCAGUUUUCAGCCAUCCUUCAGUAUGA